AUGUUGGAUAAGGCAGUGAGGGAUGGGCUCAUGUCUGGUUUUAGGGUGGGUCCUGUAGGGAACUCUUUGCAGGUGUCCCAUCUUCUAUUCGCCGAUGAUACCCUAGUCUUUUGUGAUGCUGAUCUUGGUCAGAUUCUGUUUCUCCGGCUAGUGCUGUUUUGGUUUGAAGUAGUUUCUGGGCUGAAUAUUAAUAUGGGCAAAUUUGAAUUGGUCCCUGUGAGUGUGGUUCCUAAUAUAGUAGAUAUGGUGGAUGUGCUCGGGUGCAAGCAAGGCUCCUUUCCAAUGCAGUACCUAGGUCUUCCUUUGGGUGCUAAUGUCAGAGAUAGAUCUGUUUGGAAUCUAAUUUUGGAGAAGGUGGAGAGGAGGUUAGCAAGUUGGAAACGUCUAUAUCUCUCCAAAGGAGGUAAAGUUACUCUUAUUAAGAGUACGUUGUCCAAUUUUCCAACUUAUUUUCUCUCUCUGUUUCCUAUCCCAAUAGGGUUUGCGAACCGUAUUGAGCAACUUCAACGGAAUUUUCUCUGGAGUGGUAUGGGGGAUUAG